AUGGCAGUGCAAAUAAAAAUUAAUUAUGCAACGAAUAUAUUAUUAUUAUUUAUCAUUUCUAACGACUAUUUAUAUGCUCAAUUCGCUUUACCUCGAGCAGAUGAAACAGUAGUAAGAAGGAAUAAAAGAGAUAUCAAUGAGGGUAUCGAGGAAGCUCGAGCGCUUCUCAAAGGAUUUUUAAAGCUUUCGGCAGAUGUUCCACUGACUCCUCAAAGGCGAUCUAAUUUUGGUUCGAAACGAAUUAAUUACAAAGUCAUGGAUCGUACUGAAUAUCAUGCAAACAGAAAAAUUCUCGACGAAGUAUUCGAAACUGAUCUUAUUUUAACUGUACCACAGAGAAUAAAACGAACGAAACGGAAAGCGAUAAUUGGAGAAUCAUUUAGAUGGCCAAACCAAGUCAUUCCCUAUAUUUUAAAAGAAAACGACAGCGAAUGGAAGAAAUUAAUACUUUCGGGAAUGAAAAAGUGGGAGACUGAGACUUGUAUUCGUUUUAAACAAAGGAGUGCAGAAAAAGACUAUGUUCACAUCUUUAAAGGAGCGGGUUGUUAUUCAAGCGUUGGACGAAUAGGUGGAAAGCAAUAUACUUCAAUUGGAUUUGGAUGUGGAAGUGAAGGUAUUGUUGCCCACGAACUAGGACAUACGAUAGGAUUUUGGCAUGAACAGAGCAGACCUGACCGAGAUAAAUAUAUAAAUAUAAAUGAGGAUCACCUUAUAAGUGGUACAAAGGGUAAUUUUGAAAGACGCGACGACAUUCUUGACCUCAGUACAACAUAUGACUAUGGAUCAGUCAUGCAUUAUGGCCCACAGGCUUUUACAGAUGAUUAUAAUUUUUUAACAAUUGAAACGAAGGACCAUCGAUUUCAACAUACUAUAGAUCGUUGUCGAAAGAAACUGGACUGUCUACACGGAGGAUAUGAAAAUCCCAGGAACUGUGCUGUAUGCAAAUGCCCAUCUGGUUUGUCUGGAACCCGAUGUGAAUCAAUACCACACUCAACGGGAAAAUGUGGUGGAGAGCUUACAGCAAGUCAAAUCUGGCAAACUUUGAAAAGUAAGACUGUUGGAAAAUGCUUCUGGCGGAUCACGUCCACAACAGGAAAAGUCCGAUUAGAAGUUCUUGACGCAUCGUACGUAUGCGACUCAUCCUGCUCAGACAACUAUCUCGAAAUCAAACAUAAAAAAAAUUUAGAACAAACUGGAUUCAGGCAAUGUUGUAAUGGUGCACCAGGAAUAAUACUUUCUGAAACCAACCGAGUCUAUAUAAUAUCGAUCUCUAUCAAAAAUCCCUCAUAUUUCACUCUGCGAUAUAUUACAGAUUCACUACUGACACCAGUACCAAAACCUCCACCUGAUCGAUGGAACGGUGGUGGAAUAACUGCACUGAUUGGUGCGGAAAAUGGAAUUGACAAUUCAUGGGAACAUUUCAUACUAAAACAAUUACCUGAUGUGCUAAAGAAAAUUGGUCGACCAUCGAAUAAUCCAUGGUCAACGAUCGUAAUAUAA